GAAAAAUUUGCAAAUCAUCUUUGACAGACGACGCGAGCACGAAUCGCAAUCUGUCAACAAGGUUCUAAAUGCACAUAAAAAUAGUCCGCUGUCGAGUUUUAGUUUGAUUUAGAAUGACAAGACAUUUCAUCGUUCUUUGUAGAACAAACCAUGAUAUCAAUACACAUUUGUAUUUUAUUGAUCUUUCUAGGGAUGUUGCGACUUUAAUAAUAAAUAUUCGUGUAGUAAUAUGCCCUAACUUUUCUGUACGAAAUGAGACCGUAAAGGCAGAGCAAACGAAACUUGAGGAUGAAGAUGAAGAUGUGUUGAUAAGAUCUGAAACAUGUUGCAGAUACAUUCAUACAAAUGAUGUUGAAGAAACAAAGAGAAAAGGAACUUGGACUGUACCAGUUUGUUUGCAGCUUCUAAGAUUAUUAUUGAAAAAAGAGCACUUUGAAGUACUAGGAGAAUUUGAAAACAUCUUGGUGAAAUAGUCUGACUGAUUAUGACAGAACAUCAAAAGAAAUGAUGAAAAAUUACACAUCUUAUCAAAAUAGCACUACUAGAAACUAAAAGCUACUUGCAAUUUUCACUGGUUUUGAGAUCAGUAACAGUCUCGACAAGGAAAGAAUUUAAUGAACAUGAUUAUGAUGCCUCUUGAUAAAUAUAAAAACAUAUUGACUGUAAAAUAAUUACCAGUUACCAAUUAUAUCUGUUGUUUACAAAAUUUGUUAUUUGGAAAUAUCUGUUGAAUGUUUUGAAAUUAAAAUGUGUUAACUUAAAUGAUUUAAGAAUUGAAGUCUUUAAAUGAUACAAAAGCAAGGAUACAUGGAAUGAUUGCA